CCUAUACAAUUGGUACAAGCCAUCACUGCCAAAAUGUCGCAAAAAGUUUAUGUCACCUAUAACCAGGUGCACAAGCUGUGCCAGUCUUCAGCUGAUAAGAUUCUGACCACCUUUCAUCCAAAUCUUAUGAUUGCUAUCGGCGGCGGCGGAUAUGUCCCUGCUCGUAUUCUACGGUCCUUUCUCAAGCGCUCUGGUGAACCCAACAUCCCCAUUCAAGCCAUCGGCCUGUCGCUCUACGAGGACCUGGGUCGUGGUGACGCCGAGGAAGUUCCUGGGACCAAGGUGACUCGGACACAAUGGCUGGAUCUCAGUUCCUUGGAGAUGGCAAAUCUUAUUGGCAAGAACAUACUCAUUGUGGAUGAGGUUGACGACACCCGGACCACUUUGGAAUAUGCGGUUCGCGAGCUUCAGAAGGAUGUUGAACAGGCACAGAAGCAGCUUGGACGGGAGGGUGAAAAGACGAAUUUUUUUGUCUUUGUGCUUCAUAACAAGAACAAGUCCAAGAAGGGAGUACUUCCUGCGGAUAUGAUGGAUUCUGGUCGCUAUCAUGCUGCCGUCACCACUGACGAUGUUUGGAUUUGCUACCCAUGGGAAGCAAAGGACAUUGAUGAACACGAUGCGUUUGCCGAGAAGAACCCUCUCUUUUAAGGCCUCGUUUAAUUCCCUUUGAACAUUUUCUCUGUGCCUAUGCAUUCUUGGCUUCAUUUGCUUGCAUAUAGUCCUUAUUAUCAUGACCAGAAGAUGACUGGGCAUGUCACGAUAUAAACGGUGCCUUGACG